UUUGACAACUAGCUUAUUUUUUAAAUAACAAUUUAUCUGCCAUUUAUGCUUAAAAAUCAAUUAUUAUGGCUCUUUCUUUGUGUUUUCGGAAAUCAGAAACAAUCGGCACGUUGUUAUAUCAACAACUGCGUGUGGCAUUGGUACCUGCUUUAAGAACCAAUGCCUUUUCAAAUAAACCUUUAUUUAAAGCCACCUUGGUCAAAUCUCUCAGUACAUCAAUAGUCCGAAGACAUGAAGAAAAACCUCAUGAUCACGCGAAACUAUGGGUAAUUGAAAAGGGUACAACAGCUUCUCUGAUCGUCCUUAUUCCUUUAGGAUUAUUGAUCCCUAACAGACUUUUCGACACCAUUCUAGCUAUCCUGAUAACAGCUCAUACACAUUGGGGCUUAGAGGCUUGUGUUGUGGAGUACAUCAGAGUGCUAUUAUUUGGACCUACGCUGCCUAAAAUUGCUAUGGGAGUUGUAUAUGGAAUUACAGCGCUCAUGCUUGGGGGUUUAUUGUUUCUGAUUUUCAAUGAUAUCGGUAUGUGCAGAGGUUUUUGGAGAAUUUGGAGAAACAUGAGGAAGCCAGCAGAUUCACCACCUAAGAAGGGCCUGGGACCAGGGGGUUUAAGAAAUUGUGAAUAAACUUAGCGUACUAAUGAUGAUUUGUUGAAUUUUUAAUUCACGCUACAGCAUUACCGCUUUAAAAACUUCUUGGUUGAUGAAGACCACAAUAUGAUAUUAUAUUAUUGACUAAACAUAUUAUAUUGACUAUAAGAUUGUUCCAUGCGUUUUAAUGUAUGUACAUAUAAUGUGUAGCCAUGGCUGAUUUGGUGUAGAGGCAAAGUUUAUUAGAAAAUAUACCUAUGUGACAUGUGUUAUAAAUUUUGAUUCAAAAUAAAUAAAAUAAUAUUUUAUUACUAA